GUAUAUAAUAUAUAGCGGCCUUAAUUAAGCAUUGUGCUGGUUCCUUUUUGUUGAUACAUAUCCAAAUUAGGAACAAAUGAUUUUGUCACACCAUUAAUCUAUUUUUCAUCUCGCUCUCUCUCCCGGAAAUGGAAUGCAUGAGUGAUGAAAACGUCAACAAAAGCCAACAGUACUCAUCGUUAAACCGACCGAAUGCACUUUCACCAAAACCUUCUAAAAAGAAAAAACCAUCGCCGCCUUCCGCCGCCGCCACUGAACCGCCUCCAUCCGUCUACCGCGGCGUCCGGUGCCGGAGCGGGAAAUGGGUCUCGGAGAUUCGGGAGCCGAGGAAAACGACGCGGAUAUGGCUUGGGACGUACGCCACUGCCGAAAUGGCGGCGGUCGCCUACGAUGUGGCGGCGCUGGCGCUCAAAGGCCCGGAAGCUGUCAUAAACUUCCCCGCUUUUGCUCCGUCGUAUCCUCCGCCGGCUUCUCUCUCCGCCGCGGACAUACGUGUGGCGGUGGCCAAUGCCGCGGCCACUAUAGCUUCGGCAGAUGCCGGCGGCGACGAUCCACCGCGGCCUGAUCAGCUAAAGGAAUCUUCAUCGAGCGCGGAUGUGUACGAAUUUAUUGAUGAGGAAGCACUGUUCGACAUGCCGAAGCUGCUGGUGGACAUGGCGGAGGGCAUGCUGCUCAGCCCACCGCGGAUGAAAACUGCCGCCGAAGACCGCGGCGACUCGCCGGAGAAUUACUCCAUAGACGAAAGGCUUUGGAGUUAUCCCUCUUUCUGAAUUAGAAUAACAAAUAUGUCUGCCCGCGUGUACACUAAAAUAAGCACCACCAGUUUGAGGUUUGCUUUGCUUUUUUCGCUAUUAGGAUGUGUUCUCUUUGGUUGUAAAAUUAGAAUGAAAAAAUAAGAGAUAAUCAAAAUUUUACUUU